AUGUCCCGCAAAGGCGUCGGCAUCGGCGCCUUCGACCGCUCCCGCCUCACCUCCGCCCACUUCGCCUCCCACGGCUCCAACCUGCGCGCCACCAACGCCGAGGCCCUCUCGACGCAGCUCUCCGUCUUCCGCUCCCUCCUCCAGCAGUUCGCCCAGACCCACGCCAAGGACAUACGCUCCGACCCGGCCUUCCGCGCCCAGUUCGCCCGCAUGUGCAGCGUCAUCGGCGUCGACCCCCUCGCCUCGAGCCACACCACCGAGGGCGGCGGCGGCCUGUGGGCCCAGCUGCUCGGCGAGAGCGUCAACGACUUCUACUUCGAGCUGGCCGUGCGCGUCGUCGAGGUGUGCGGCGUCACGCGCGGGGAGAACGGCGGGCUCAUCGGCCUGGCCGAGCUGACGGAGAGGGUGUCCAAGGGGAGGAUGGAGGGGAGCAGCGAGAUCUCGGAGGACGACGUGCGGCGCGCCGUCGAGACGCUCGGGCCCCUGGGCGGGAGCUACGCCGUGCUGCAGGUCGGCAGGAAGGAGUAUAUUCGGAGCGUGCCGAGGGAGUUGAGCGGCGACCAGAGGGCUGUCGUGGAGGCGGUGCAGGUGCUCGGGUAUGUGAGUGUCGGGAUGCUGCGGGAUAACCUGGGGUGGGAGACGGCCAGGUGCAAGACGGUCAUUGACGAUCUCAUGUCUGAGGGGAUGCUGUGGGUUGACAAACAGACUAAGGGUGAGUGGGAGUACUGGAGCCCGAGUUUCAUGGUUGACACGGACGGCGCUGUAAAAGAGGGCGAGUGA